AUGGAUCCAUUUUCGAUCGUAGUUGGGGCCGUCGCUCUUACCGAAGCCGCGAACAAGCUUGCCGGAGCACUUACAGAUCGCUACAAAGCAUUCAGCUCUGCCCCGAAACAAAUGAUCGAGAUAGCAAGUCAGAUCACCCUCUGCGCGGGUCUCGUGGAUGUGUUUGCGCGAAGUGUUGAUGGGACCGGACAGGGUUUCCCGAAGCGAUUUGAAGACGAUGCGACGUCGCUUGUCCGCCAGUGCCGAGCCAUUCUGAAGGAUAUCGAUCUCAUGAUUCCGCAUGGGUCGGGGAAGCCGGACUACCAACAGCGUCUCAAGUAUGCGUUCCGGGACGAGAAGAAGGUCAGAAAACAUCAGGAUCGCCUCAAGGAGGUUCAGCACAUGUUUGUUUUCAUGACGACUUGCUGGAUGCACCAGCUGCCGGCUCCUCAGAUGCCUCCGCAACCCAGAGAGCCAACCAUGGGCCCAGCCCCCAUGGGUGCUUUGAGUGUUCCAGCGGCUGCUGGUAGCCAAACCUCCGCGCAACAAGUCCCUAUGCAGCUCAAUUUGAGAGGUGUCGGGGCCAACUCCGACGGUGUGACCUACGAAGCGACUCUUACACUGACGCCAACACCACAACCCGAGGUUGCCGCGGGUAGACUUCUCGAGACAGAAGAGAGGAAGAAAAAGGAAGUCUCUCACGAGAGGGCGUCUGGCAAGACUGAGAAGCCCAAGAUGUCCGAAUACCAAAAGGAGAGUCUGGAGAACAUGCGACGAAGUCCGUACUUCUCAUUGAAGUUAUUGAGGCCGCCAGCAGCAGAGGAGAAUCCAAGAUACAGCCGGAAUGCUGGUGAGCACCAAGAUGCGGAGAUGGCCAAGACGGAACUAGCGGCGAAGAAGGCCGACGAGGAGCAGAAAGCCAAGCUGAGGGCUGAAAUGGAGACGAGGAAGAGUGCGGAGCGGAAAGCAAAGGGCGAAGAACGUCGCGAUUUCGAGCCUUCUUCUCGAGAAGAAGCAGAAAAAGACAUUGGGGAGAUUCUGGCCGGGUGGUUUCAUGACGGGAAAGGCUAUCCGGAUACCGGUAGACCAUCCCGUCCGGGUAAUCUCACUCCCUCAGCGAUACCUUCCUCCCGUCCUACCAGCAAGUCAACAAGUCCAGUCAUACCUCUGGCAACUGUCUACAGCCACGUCGUCGCUCCUGCAGCGGAUCUGUCCAAAGGGUCGGCGGCAUCUCUGGGUCCAUCUCCACCGCCAAUCGUCCGGAUUGUUGAUGACUGGGACUGGCGGUGUGAUGGCUGCAAUCGCAAGUUCUUCUACCACGAUCUGCGGUACAAGUGCCAGGAUUGCUUGAAUUUUGACCUCUGCCCGAGCUGUUUCUCUCACGUCUGGCAUCGUCAUCCAAGGUCGAACUUUGCGGAGCGUUCCGUCUAG